AUGGUGUCCCACAAGGCAUUGGCCGCUGCCGCGGUCGCCGCCUUCUUCUCCUCGCCCGCCCUCGCCGCCAUGUACCCCAAGAACUCGCCAGUCUUGCAGGUCGAGGCCAAGGAUUACAAUAGCCUCAUUGCGAAGUCCAACUAUACUUCUAUUGUCGAAUUCUACGCGCCCUGGUGUGGCCACUGCCAGAACUUGAAGCCCGCCUACGAGAAGGCCGCCAAGAACCUUGCCGGUCUCGCCAAGGUCGCCGCCGUCAACUGCGAUGACGAUCUCAACAAGCGACUCUGCGCCGAGAUGGGCGUCGAGGGCUUCCCCACGCUCAAGAUUGUGCGCCCGGGGAAGAAGCCGGGCAAGCCCACAGUGGAGGACUACAGAGGCGCGAGGAGCGCCAAAGCCAUCGUCGACGCUGUCGUCGAGAAGAUUCCCAACCACGUCAAGCGCGUGACCGACAGCGACUUCGACGACUUCUUGAACGAGGGCAAUGGUAGCCCGAAGGCUAUUCUGUUUACCGAGAAGGGUACUACGAGCGCGCUUCUGCGGGCUUUGGCCAUUGAUUUCCUGGGAAGCAUUCAGGUCGCCCAGGUCCGCAACAAGGAGAAGAAGGCCGUCGAGUCUCUCGGUAUCGACAAGUUCCCCAGCCUGGUUCUGCUCCCCGGCGGCGACAAGGAAGCCAUUGUCUACUCGGGUGAGAUGAAAAAGGAGCCAAUGGUCGAAUUCCUUUCUCAGGCCGCUUCGCCGAACCCUGACCCCGCACCAGCGAAGCCUAAGACCGACAAGAAAGGUAAGAAGGAGGCUAAAAAGGAUACCAAGAAAGAGGCAGAGACGAGUGAGGAGGCCGUUACUCCUGAUCAGGAUAAGCCCGUUGAUGUCACCGACUCUGGGCCGCGCCUCCUCAUGCUUGACACCGAAGAGCUUCUUCAGAAGGAGUGUCUGUCCACAAAGUCUCACAACUGUAUUCUGGCUCUCCUUCCUUCGAGGACCGACGCUAAGGAGCCGCUCCCUGAGCAGGCGCAGGAUGCGCUUGCCUCCCUGACUGACGUUAUCAAGAAGCACACCAAGGGCGGUCACCGCCUGUUCCCUGUAUACACUGCUCCUCUUGACAACGAGGGUGCCGCCAAGCUCCGGAAAGAGCUUAACUUGAACACAGACGGCUUCGAGCUGAUCGUUACGAACUCCAAGAAAUCUUGGUGGAAGCACUACUCGGGCAGCGACUACUCUCUAAAGAGUGUUGAGGACUGGAUUGACGCCAUCAAGAUGGGCGAGGGUAAGAAGGAAAAGCUGCCGCAGAGCCUCAUCGUUGAGUCCAAGGAGGAAGUCAAGGUCGACACCGACCAGCAACCUGUUAAGAUUGAGGUUGAGGAGAUAGUCGAGGAGAAGGCCGUUCCGGAGCACGGAGAGCUAUGA